UAUGUUUGUUUCGCACGUUUCUACAGAUUAUUUGAAAACCACGUUUAAUUUUUUCUAUUACACGCAGAUCGCGGGGUUAUACCCGCGAUCCGCGUUUUCGUCCCUCAUUUUACGCCUCUACCCCGAACCUUCGCUCUCCUUCACUGAAAUCCAUUCGAAGUUGGUUGCUCUCCGUCGCCGAAAGCCAGGCUCCCCCUCCUACACAUCCUCUAUCGCUCUCCUCCGGGCCCCCUCCUCCUUCCGUCCGAUCCUACCCCAAAUAUCCCCUUCUCGAAACUCCGUUUCCUUUAAUUUUCCUCAGUACAGAAUGAGGCAGUUCGGCCAAGCCAAGCUUCCUGUUUCUUUCAUCUCCAAAUCAAGUUCAAGAUCCACAAGUUAAAGUUUGGAAGAAGCCGAUCUCUCUGUCAGGGUUCUUAAACAGAAAGCUAGGAAAAACCAGAGAAAAAUUAUUACAGGUGAUAAAUGUCUGCUUCGGUAUAAUAUCCAUCAGUCGUGUAUUUAGUGAGUUAUUAGCCCUAAUGGAGUUUAAUUCAUAGGGAAGGCAAUGGUCCUGCUAGCUGGUUGACGAAGUUGGGCUCUCUUGUUCAUGGAGUUACAGUUGACACUUUUCCUCCCCCUUAUCUCAGACAACUGAUUCAUGAAGAUACGUUGGAUAUACAUUCUUAUGGUUUAGUUAUUUUGGGUUUUUGAUAUCUUUUAAAUUUUCUUGGUGGUGGGAUCCUUAGGUUUUAUUUUUUUUGUGCUUUAGUGCUUUGGGUUUAGAAGGAUCUACAACUACUUUUUGUAUUGUGCUUGAUAUAAAUAAAAUUCUCUAUAAUAUGUAACUGCCCCUUUAUAAUAUUCCUUUCAAAUAUAACAUAAUAGAGUUGGAAAAAGCACAGAUUAGCAAUAAAGAAUACUGGGCAUGUAAAGCAAUAUUUAGCUUGAGCAUAGAAGAAACAAUUUCCUUUCUGUUAUUGCCACCUAAUUAGUACGAAUGAGCUAAGAAAAUGGAAUGAACAAUAUGGAUUUAUGACUUGACAUUUAUGAAGGAUGUACCUUUGUGCAUGCUUUUCACUGGUGAUAUAUUUGUAAUGGACAAAACUGAAUAUAUGGUAUCUCAUUUUAGUAGUGAUCGAUCUAGUGGCGGGGUUGUAACAAUGGUUGAUCAAGGCAUUAUGUUUCUAGGGAAGAGAAGCAUAAAAUCAAGUGUUGUUGAAAUGAUAAUUUUUGUAGCAUGAAUGACCUCUUA